GCGUCUAUAAACCAAUGAGGAGGAGAGGCAGGACUUGCAGCGUAAUCGGCAUCAGAAAUAGGAAUGAGUUAUAUUUUAUCCCUUGGCAACGCAGACGCUCGUUGACACGCUCGAGCAGUGUGGGUGCAAUAAUUGAAUAACAUGGGACGUCCAAACCCGGACGGUGACAUCAGAAUUGGGACGCCCAAGGAUCCCGUUCCUAUCAACCAACCAGCCAUUGAGAAUCCAUUUUGUUCUGUUUUGACAAGAUGGGAUAGUUUCAGAUUGGACACUUUGCAGCAAGUUAGAAUUUACGCAGCAGGUUAGCAUAAUUAACGUAGCAGAUUAGGAGGAUUAAGGCUAGGGAAAGGCUUAGCUAAAAUGAAAAACAAAUUUACUUUUGAAGUUAAUUUGACAAAAGCUGUAACCUUCUAGCCAUGACAAUACUGUAUUUUGAUUCGUCUGAGGCUGUGUUAAAAAUGAAAGUGAAAGUUCACCCCACGAAACGCUGACACAUCCAACCGAGACAGUUUACCGUGAAGGCGUUUAACAAAGUAAAAGGUGUUGAAAAGUGAAGUGCAGUAGACGCUCUCCUUCUCACCUGAGGGUUCUCGAGUUGUGGAUUCGUUCGCCCAGCUUGAUUGAAGAUGCUCCAUAAUUCUCGACCUCCCCAACCUCAAAGCGCUGGUUUUUCCUUUGAGAACACUCGCAGGAAUGUUGUGUUGGAGGGGAAUUUGUCGCAGCUUGGUUACAGUUCUCCUAAGGCAAGGAAGACUGGAACCACCAUCGCUGGCAUAGUAUUCAAGGAUGGGGUGAUACUUGGAGCUGACACAAGAGCCACUGAUGACAUGGUGGUAGCUGACAAGAAUUGCAUGAAGAUCCACUACAUUGCACCCAACAUCUACUGUUGUGGCGCAGGUGUGGCUGCAGAUGCGGAAGUCACCACUCAGAUGAUGUCAUCCAAUGUGGAGCUGCACUCACUCAGCACAGGACGUCCUCCCCUUGUUGUCACGGUUACCCGACAACUGAAACAGAUGCUCUUCAGGUACCAGGGGCAUAUUGGCUCCUCUCUGAUUGUUGGCGGUGUGGAUGUGACUGGUGCUCACCUCUACAGUGUCUACCCACACGGCUCCUAUGACAAACUACCAUUCCUUACUAUGGGUUCGGGAGCAGGUGCAGCUAUUUCCAUCUUUGAAGACCGAUACAGACCAAACCUGGAACUAGAAGAGGCUAAAAAGCUGGUGCGGGAUGCCAUUGUUGCUGGGAUUUUCUGUGACUUAGGCUCUGGCAGUAAUGUGGACCUGUGUGUCAUCACUCAGGCAGGGGUUCAGUACCUUAGGGGCUAUGACCAACCAGCCCAGAAGGGGAAAAAAGAAGGACAGUACAAGUACAAGCCUGGCACCACUGCAGUUUUAACAAGGACUGUCACACCCCUGCCUCUGGACAUGGUUGAUGAAUCAAUUCAGCUUAUGGACACUCAGUAAAAUCUAUGCUGCUACAGGUUUUAUCAAACCAACAUGAAUUCCAAUACUCAUUAGUAAAAAUGUCUACUUUGAUUCUAAAUCCUGACUGGUACUUACUACCAAAAUACAAUUAAUGCAUUUAGAUGUUUUUAUUAAACCUAUUAGCACAGGGCUGCCCAAUCUUCUUCCUGGAGAUCUACAGUCCUGUGGGUUCAGUCCAACCCUAAUUUAAUUAGCUGCUCAACAAGACCGUAACUAGUUGAAUCAGAUAUGCUAAAUUAGGGUUGGACUGAACCUACAGGACAGUAGAUCUACAGGAAGAGGGUUGGGCAGCCCUGUUUCUACCAGAACAUGCAUGCAAUAGUACAGCAGUCACCAUGAUAACCCCACACCUGAAUCUGUUGAUUUUGUCUGUAUAAUUGUUUUUACUAUUACAAAGCUACUUUGUUAUAUUACUUGAGUAUGACAUACUACUGCUAGAUAUGCUGUUACUAGUGUAACAAAUAUUUGUAUAACCAACCGAUGCUUCACAUUUAUACAUCCGGUGAAAUGUCUGGCUCAUUGUUGUGACUACGUUAAUGCCAUGUUAAGUCACAUGCUCGAGCUGACUGACUUGUCCAAUAAACAUGCAGCUCGUCUUUCUCUAA